UCAACGAACGUCAGUAUGGUGGAGACCGAGGAAAAUACAGAUUUUUCUCGCACCACCGCGAUUUUGUCAUGUUUCACGUUAUCUGUCGUCUACGUAGCCAGUCUCUACAUAUGGAAUUCGCCGUACCAUAGAGAGCAUAAUGAGACGAUUAAGAAAAGAUUUCUCAGCGCCUUUAUCAUGAUGUUUGUGUCCCCGUUAUUCGUAUACUUUGGAAUAAGCAGAUCCAUGUUACAAAAGACUACCAUUUGGGAACUGCUGGGCAUAAAAUUGGUCGGUUUAUUUCAAGCGGCUGUUUUACCGCUGCUUUUAACCAUGAUAUUGUUCUUGGGGCCACUGAGUGUCCAGGUACUGAAUGGACCAUGGAAAUUAUACGCCGCACCCAUGCACUCUACAAAAAAUAUUAGAUCGCUCAUAUGGUGGCGGAACCGAAUUGUCGCUCCUUUAUCCGAGGAAUGGACUUUCAGAGCCUGUAUGCUGCCGCUACUUCUAGAGUGUUAUAAACCUACUACCGCUAUUUUCAUAUGCCCAUUGUUCUUUGGCGUUGCACAUUUUCAUCACGUUAUUGAAAUGAUCAGGGCGGGUGUAAACUUUCAAGAUGCUCUUAAGUUAUGCAGUUUUCAAUUCGUUUACACAACACUGUUUGGUGCCUACGCAGCAUUUCUAUUUGCUAAAACUGGUCAUUACAUAGCACCAUUUACAGCCCACGCAUUUUGCAACCACAUGGGAUUUCCAGAUCUCACCGAAGUUUUGGCUUGCAAGGAUCCAGCGAGAAGAAAAAUAUUGCUCAGCUUAUUUUUUGCCGGAGUAAUCGGGUGGUGUUCUUUGUUGACACCUAUGACAAAUCCUGCUUGGUUCAGCAACAAAUUGUUCUGGCAUAUUGAUCCACUUUGAAGUAGUUAGUGCAUAAUAAAAUCACUGUAUUACAUGAAUUACGUACACUGAUCUAAUCAACUUUUUUCGUUUGCUCUUAUCUUUUUUUCUUUUUACAACAAAUUUCAAUGUUAUUUCAUAACAAAUUUUCUUCAACGUACACAUCAAUAAACUGAUGUAAUUAGGUACUAAAGUUAUUAGUAUAAUUCGCAUUUCACACUUUCUGAUAGUUGUUAACGAUUAAAUCUUCAAUGUCUUCCAUAUCACUUUAUAAUACCAUAAACACAGUAUUUAGACGUACAAUUUGACAUAUAGUUCAAAAUCCUUAUAGGACCUGCGAGUUUAUAUUGUUCCUGCACAAGGCACAUGCGGCGAAUAAUACGAGAAUGUUUUCUAGAAUAACAGUUUCCAAAUUAAAUCUCGUCGUGUAUAGAAAAAUAUAUCACCACAGUGCCUGUAAAUGAUUCGGUUAUUUAUACACAAACAUGGAAGAGAUUUUCUUCUUCCAGUCCCAAGCAUAGUUAUACACAGGUACAUCCAUAAUUCGAUCGUGUAAAAUAAAAGUAAGUUGAACAGCUGAUGUGAUAACAGGGACUUCAUUACACCGCUUAUGUCACUGUUUUAAUCAAGCAAACAGUGGAAGUCCUGUGAUAAUUGAUCGCAUUUUAACCAGGCUUAUUCACUCGUUAUUGUUAUCAGUGCAGAAUAAAAUUUACUUCAGGCGAAUGUUCGAAGAUAUGAAUUAUUGAUAAAUACUUAUAGAAUGGUUCGUAUACCCUUGUCUUGGAAAACGGGUGUAGGAGUACAUAGGUGUUUAAAUAGACUAAAUAAUUGUGAAGUGACAUUGACAUUUUCAAACAAAUCUAGAUAAUGUUGGUGCAAAAGGUAUGACUAUUUUUUAAUCUACCUAAUAUAAAUGUUGAUAAAUAAUAAAUAAACGUUUUUAAAUAAAUUCAAUAUAUUUAUGCUCUGUUUGAACCCAGAAAAUUUUCAGUAGUAGAAAACUGCAUUUAAUUUAUUUAGAUCACAGAGAAGAUAAUUACAACAGCAUUAUUAUAUAAUAUUCUAUUGUUAUUAUACAUUUACUCAGAGUCGCGGAGUUAAAAAUGCCUCAAGCAUCGGCAAUAAAUACAACGCAUUGUCCUGAAGUGGAGUUUCAACUAAACCUAGAAAUUAUUUGAAAACUAAAUGCAAUAAAGAUCGCUAUUCGUUGCUACCACGUUGUAUGUACGUAUGAUUACACAAGGAAUUUCUAGCUGCGCAAUUCUACCUAUACCAUACAUGUCUUUGAGAUAAAUAUAACAAAAAUAUAUCAGUAUAACUAUUUAUCAAAACUUUAUACAUUUGAUGCCAUUUUAAUGGUUUGUUACAAUGAGAACAUCAUCCUCCGUUCAUAAUUGGUAUGAAAAUCAUUCAGAAGUUCAUUUAUCAAGCAAACGUCAAGACCUUCAACUAUAUAUUGUAGAAAAAAAAAAAACAUUGUAUGAAUAUUUGUACCUUUGACUUGAAAAAUAGUACAAACGCUACGCGCCAAUAAAGUACAUGCAACCAACUGAAAAAUAA